CGAUAAUAAAUGUAAUAAAUGCUAUUGAAUAUGAAAAAAAUGAUUUCAACAAAAUAAUAACAAGAAAAAGAGGAAAGGCCAUUAAAAGUGAAUAUUUUUUUAAACGCAAAGAAGCAAUUCCGAUCAAUUCUAAUUAUCAGCGUGAUGAAAAAUAUGAUAAACUUAAUAGACACAACCCCGGAGAUAACACCGACAACAACCCCGGAGAUAACACCGACAACAGACCCGGAGAUAACACCGACAACAACCCCACCUUCUCAUACUAG